GCAAUCGAUACAACAAUGGAGAAUUUAUGGCAUCUUCGUCGCGUGGCGGAUAACGCUGCAAAGGCCUGUUGGAUAUGCUACAAGCCAUCUACCAGUGUACUUAUUACCCCUAGCAACAAGGAUUUCUUUUACAUCUGUCCUGGGCACUUAUCUGACAAAGGCUUUUGUCAACCAGAAGCUGAUGAAGCAAAGAGGAUCGCAGACCAGAAGAAGCAAGAUGAGCUGGAUCGCGAGAUUGAGGCUGUAAAAAAAGAAUACGAGGAGAAGCAGAAGCUCAAGCGUGAGAAGCGAAAAGGAAAAGAUAAGGACAAGGAUAAAGAGAAAGAGAAGGAGACCAAGGGCAAAGAAGAGGAAGAGGACAAACAGGACGAGAAGGCCAAAGAUGACAAAAUCAAAGAGCUCUCGAAGACCAAAGAUCAAAAUCUGGCUGAGCUUGGUCCUCGCAUAUAUCAGCUCAACAAGAACUUCUAUCAAAUGCGCCUGGACAAGCUGCGGAAUGCUGAGAUUGCUAAACGAAACCGCGAACGACUGAACAACCCUGCAAACUUUCCGUCAGUACCUAGCGGGAAUCCGUAGGCGCAUGACAUGUCCCAACAUCGACAACGGUUGUACUAUAGUAGCCAUGGACCAGUGACUGCUCCCGUCACUCCAAGGGCUUCCUCUUCUUCCCUCACCUAGAAGCAGGCGGCAAUUACUUAGGCGAGCGGUAACGGGACUUACGACCGCCGACUAUACAUCCUUCGAAAACAACGCGGUCAGCAUUUAGCGGCCGGUUCAAAGCCCAUGCUUACCGAAUGUCAUACGUGUCACACAUGGCCAU